GGGGAAGAGAGGGGAAGAGGCGGACACACGGCGGCAGCAGGUUUGUGAGAGCAGCAGCCGGCCCGGAGGAGGAGGAUCAAGAAGGAAGGAGGAAGAGGAAUCGGAGCGAGAGAAACAGUGUGGCUGCAGUCAGGAGGGACACAAACAGAGAGGGAGACAGAGGAGGAGAUACAGAGAGAAGAAGAGAAGAUCUCCCCGCCCCCCUCACCUCACUGGCCCAUGAAAGAAGCCAUGCCGGUCCUCACAGCAGGAGCGGGGCUACAUGAAACGUUGGCCCUGCUGACCUCUCAGCUGCGUCCCGAUGCGAAUCACAAAGAGGACAUGGUCUUCCUCAAAGAUGUUUUCAGUGAGAGGAGCUUGGGAUACCUCAUGAAGAUUCAUGAGAAGUUAAGACAGUAUGAGAGACAGAGUCCAACACCCGUCCUCCACAGUGCCUCUUCUCUGGCAGAAGAUGUGGCAGAGGAGCUGCAGAGUGGACCAAUGAGCACAGAGGAGAAGGAGCUGCUGCACCUGCUGACAUCACCACAUCUCAAGGCCGUUCUCUCGGUGCACGACACCGUGGCUCAGAAGAACUUUGACCCUGUGCUUCCGCCACUACCAGACGACUUUGAGGAUGAGCUGGAGGAAGAGUCGGUGAAGAUUGUCAGGCUGGUGAAGAACAAGGAGCCUCUGGGAGCCACCAUCAGGCGGGAUGAUGCCACUGGGACGGUGAUCGUGGCUCGGAUCAUGAGAGGGGGCGCAGCUGACAGAAGUGGUUUGGUCCAUGUAGGAGAUGAACUCAGGGAGGUAAACGGAGUCUCUGUGAUCAACAAGAGGCCUGACGAGAUCAGUCAGCUGCUGUCCCAGUCCCAGGGCUCCAUCACUCUAAAGAUAAUCCCUGCCAUUAAAGAAGAGGACCGCCUGAAGGAGAGCAAGGUGCACAUGAGAGCCUUGUUUGACUACAUCCCACUAGAAGACAAGGCAACGCCUUGCCAAGAAGCGGGACUUCCCUUUAAACGGGGAGACAUCCUGCAGGUUGUGACCCAAGAUGAUCCAACGUGGUGGCAGGCCAAGCGUGUGGGAGACAGCAACCUGCGGGCCGGACUCAUCCCCUCCAAACAGUUCCAGGAGAGGCGACUGGCCUACAGGAUGAAAAUGGGCACACUCCCGAAUCCAAAAUCCCCUAAAAAGCCUGUCUAUGACCACGGAUGUGAUAAAGAGGACUGUGACUGUGAGGGCUAUUUCAAUGGACAGUACAUAGUCUCUCCUAAGUGUAAAGCAGUGGCGCCCUCCUGUGGCCAGGUGUUUUCCUGGGAAUUUUAUACAGCUGGUUUGCGAAGGAGUUUCCGGCUUAGUCGUAAGGACAGGCAAGGAUCCUCCGGAGAGGGCUCUGAUCCUGGAGAUCCCGAGUUCCUGACUUAUGAAGAGGUGACCCGCUACCAACAGAGGCCCCAUGAGAGGCCCCGUCUGGUGGUUCUGAUUGGUUCUCUUGGAGCACGAAUCAAUGAACUCAAACAGCGGGUGAUUGCUGAAAACCCACAUCGUUUUGCAGUAGCUGUACCACAUACCACCAGGCCCAAGAAACCUCAUGAGAAGGAGGGGGUGGAGUACCACUUUGUCACCAAACAGCAAUUUGAUGCAGAUGCUUUAAACAACAAGUUCAUAGAGCACGGGGAAUACAAAGAGAACCAGUAUGGCACAAGUAUAGAAGCUAUCCGCUCUGUACAGGCCAAGAAUAAGAUGUGCAUAGUGGACGUGCAGCCUGAGGCCCUGAAAAGGCUACGGACAGCGGAGUUCAAGCCCUAUGUAAUAUUUGUCAAACCUCGUGUUCCUGAGAGCAGACGUCGCCGCAGCGCCGCCACCUCACCAGGAGGGGGAGAGCAUGGCCGCAUGACAGAUGAAGACCUCCAGGAGAUGCGUCAGUCUGCUAUUCAGAUUGACCAGCAGUAUGGACACCUGGUUGACCGGGUCCUGAUCAAGGAGGACUCAGCCAGUGCCUGUACAGAACUGCGAGGUAUCUUAGAAAGGCUGGAGCGAGAGUCCUUCUGGGUGCCUGUCAGCUGGGUGCGGACCUAAACUUACUCCCCCUGUAUUAUCCAGAAGAACUUCAGACAACCCACCCAAAUCCUACACCAGUCCUCUCCUAAUGAGCAGAUCCCACCCCCCUACCCCAAAUGUCCUUCUGGCCAGCCUAGGAAUCUGCUGAACUCCCUCUGACUGAUGCAGGACUGGUCAGACAACCAUAAACCGAGGCACCAAAGGGAGUGGAUGAUGUCAGAGGAAUACCUCAUUGUCUGGGGUGAUGCAGCAGAUUGUCAGCUCUCUUGGCUCAAAUCAGUUUAAAUACCCAAAACUCAGUCUUACGGGCACUUCCUCAAGUCAUAUUUAUUCAGGUUUGGUUUUUAUGCGUUUGACUUUGGAGCCAAGAGACAGAUUGAAGUUUGUAGUUGAAAAGCAGUGUUUUAUUCCCAGUCACUCUUUCUAGCUGCAUUGUUCACUAGAGUGUCAGGUUUGGGAUCCCUCUCAGAGGAUUGCUCAGUCAGUCAGCUUUAUUGUGACUCUUGUUGGAGUACCUUUUAGUAGCAUGGUUUUUUUUGGUUUUACUCAACUCAAUGCCAAUCCCAGAAUGCUUCCAGUUAAUUCCUCCUGCUCAUGUAUCCUGGACAGUAUAAGAACCAAUCAUACAUUCAACAGGACUUAUUAAUAUAAAUUUAAGUGAAUGCCAUUUGAAAUUGUUCUUUUUGCUAAACCAUAAAUCUCAUUUACACACACGGACAGAAACAAAAUGAUAUCCAAAUGGAAUGUGAGAAUUUUAUUUUCUACAAAACUGUUUGUUUUUAGGAAAAGCAUGACAACUGAUCAUUUAAUCUCAGAUGUAAAUAUUGUAAAUGUUACUCCUCGUGUGCCAACGAAAGGUCUCGUAGCACUUCAAUGCAACCUGUUUACCGUUGAUCCCUGGGAACUCACAUGUGUUUGUGUGUAGAAUAAUACUGUGCACAAAGUAUGUGAGGAUGGAUGUCAGUGUAUGUGCACAUGCAUCAACAUAAGAUGCUAAUUUUACUUACAGGAAUGGGUUUUUAACAGUUUCCUUGCACAUAUCUGCAUUAUGUAUUUAUGAGGUCGGUCGGUACUAGAUGUCUGUUUUCUUUGAUAAUCAGGGUUUUGAUUCAUUGAUGUCUUGUCAGACUGGAGAUACAUUGUUGAGAUUGGAGACCAAAUAUUCACAGAUUUCAGAAUCAAUUUGUCGAUGCAUUGAUCAGUAGAAAAAUCAAGCAAAUGUUUUGAUAAUUGAUUAAUAUUUAAGUAUUAGCAAAAAUGCAAAACAUUCCCUGGUUAUAAUUGUUUAUUUUCUCUCUAAUGGUUGUUAAACAUUCCUGCCUAACACAAUUUUGAAAGUAUUGGGGUGGGGGCAGUCCUCAUUCUGUGUAAAAAUGCUUUAAAAGUUUAGUGCAGGCUAACACACACACACACACACACACACACACACACAGUAUAAGGCUUUGGAGGUCUAUGUUGGCCAAAUCAAGUGGGUAUGUUCCAAAGUCUGUUUUUGUUACCUUCUGCUGAAUGUCAGCAAGGUAUGCUGUCUGGUCAAACGACGAGUGAAUUUGGUACCAACAAUACAGUAACUUUAGAAGAGAAUCAUUUAACUCAGAAUGAAGCCUCAUUAGCUUCAGCUGAACUGAAGUAGUAAAACAAUUUCGUCACCAUCACUUAUACUAAAAUCAUUUUAGGAAGAGAUCUUUUCACAACCAGUCUGGAGAAAGGGAAUAAUUACAUUAACUAAGAGCCCCUUCAAGGUAAAUAUGGCAUGCAAAUAUUAUAAAGAAAGACUUAAAAAUGUGAACCUAUCCUAAUGAAAAACCAGUUAUCUAUAUGGCUUGACAAAAUUUUGGAUAAACUAUCUUGAGUGUGUGUGGUGAUACCGAAUUAAAAAUAAAAAACAUGCAAUGUUCAGAUCUUUACAUGUGCUGUAUGAACCAAGAAACCCUGAAUGUUGAGUUUGUAAUGUGACAUGUACAAAGUGCCAUAAUAAAGCUAGCUGAAUCAAAAA